AUGAGAAUCAGUAUUUUAAAAUAUGUUCUUUUUUCAAUUGUUAUUUGUUCUUUUGAAUAUGCCAAAAAUGAACUAUACUUUGUAAACGAUAGAGGGAUAUACCUUGAACGGAAUGUAAUGCACUUUAGAAAUAAUAGGAUUUUAGCAGAUGUAGAUAAUAAAACGAAAGACAUAAUUUAUGGAUAUCGAAAAAAAAAAAAUGAAGUACAAAAAGAGUCUGAUAAUAAAAGGAAUGGUGAAUUAGGAAUACAACCAAAACAAGAUAAAAUAAUAGCAAACAAAGAUGAAAAUAAUUCUGCAUCAGAACAAGAAAGCUUUAACCAAUUGGAAAAUAAAGGAUAUUUAUCUGGGACGAAAUAUAAUGAGACCGAUUCAAGUAAUAAUCAUAAAAAACUCCAAGCUGAUCAAGAGUUAAGAUUAUGGGAAAUAAAAGUAUUUAAGAAGUCUUUAUUGCUGAUAAUAAGAGUUUUGGCGAUAUUAGUAUCAAAAACAAUAAAAAUAUUAUUACUACUUCUACGGAUUGUUUUUUUCAUAUUUAAGGUCUGGUGGGAAUCCAGAAAUAAUCGCUUUAAAUUAAAAUAA